CCAUGGCACGACCACCCGGGCUCUGCCUUCUGGCCCUGCUGGGGCUGGGGCUGGGGGCUGGGGGUUCGUCCUCCUGUUGGGACCCUCGGGGCCGCCCCCGUCGUUGCAUGCCCGUCUUUGAGAACGCUGCUUUUGGCCGGGCCGCCCAGGUCACCAACACCUGUGGGUCACCCCCCGAGGAUUACUGCCAGCAGAUGGGUGCCCGCCACGCCAGUACCCUGUGCCACCGCUGCGAUGCCACCGACCCCUUGCUCCACCACAACGCCUCCUUCCUCACCGACUUCCACAGCCAGGAGGAGAGUACCUGGUGGCAGAGCCAAUCCAUGGCUUUCGGCAUCCAGCACCCCAACUCCGUCAACAUCACCCUACACCUGGGCAAAGCCUACGAGAUCACCUACGUCCGGCUCAAGUUUCACACCAGCCGCCCGGAGAGCUUCGCAAUCUACAAACGCAGCCAGCCGGGGGGGCCCUGGGUGCCUUUCCAGUACUACAGCGCAUCCUGCCAGAAAACUUACGGGAAGAGGCAGCGGCAGUACCUGCGCCCGGGGGAGGACGAGCAGGUGGCCUUCUGCACCGACGAGUUCAGUGACAUCUCCCCCCUGAGCGGGGGCAACGUGGCCUUCUCCACCCUGGAGGGGCGGCCCAGCGCCUACAAUUUCGAUGGGAGCCCCGCCCUGCAGGAGUGGGUGACUGUCACUGACCUGCUCAUCUCUCUGAACCGGCUCAACACAUUUGGGGAUGACAUCUUCAAGGACCCCAAGGUGCUGCAGUCAUACUACUAUGCCAUCUCUGACUUCUCCGUUGGUGGCAGGUGCAAAUGCAAUGGCCACGCCAGUGAGUGUGCUCCAGACGAGGCUGGGCAGCUGGUCUGUGUGUGCCAGCACCACACAGCUGGUACCGACUGCCAGCACUGCCAGGCCUUCUACCAGGACCGGCCCUGGGCUCGUGGAACUGCCGAGGCUGCCAAUGAGUGUCUGCCUUGCAAUUGCAGCGGCCGCUCGGAGGAAUGUUUCUACGACCGGGAGCUCUACCGCCGCACCGGCCACGGAGGACACUGCCAAAACUGCAGGGACAACACUGCCGGGCCCCACUGCGAACGCUGCCGGCAGAACCACUACCGCUGGGAUCCCCGGGCAGCCUGCCAGCCCUGCCACUGCCACCCCGCAGGUUCCUUGCAGCCCCAGUGUGACAACUCGGGGACCUGUCUCUGCAAAGCCAAUGUGACAGGUUGGAAAUGUGAGCGCUGCAAGGAUGGCUACCACAGCCUCAGCGAGGGUGGCUGCAGACCCUGCACCUGUGACCCCAUGGGCAGCGUGGGCACCUGUGACCCCAACACGGGGCAUUGCACCUGCAAGGAGAGGGUGGAGGGGCACCUGUGCAACAGGUGCCAGCCAGGUUGGUUUAACCUGCAACCCCACAACCCUGCUGGCUGUACCAGCUGCUUCUGCUACGGCCACUCCACUGCCUGCAGAGCAGCAGAUGGCUACGAAGUGACCCACAUCAGCUCUGACUUCAGCCAAGGGCUAGAGGGCUGGGCUGCAGCAGCACCAGGCACUGGGGACCUGCCACUGCACUGGACUGAUGGGGAGAUCAUCAUCGAGUGGGAUGGAGAGGAGAUGGUGGAGUUUCUUGCACCAGAGAAGUUUCUGCAGAACCAGCGUCUCAGUUAUGGGCAGCUCCUGACCCUGCUGCUGGGAAUGGAGGGAAAUGGGAUGGAGAUGGAUACCUGGGUGCCCCUGCUCCAGGUCCAGCUGGUGCUGGAGGGUGAGGGAAUGGAAAUCACCAUGUCCAGCAGUGAGAGGCAGCCCCAGCACGGCAAGCUGGCUGUCACCUUCAGGCUGCACGAGGCAGAGGAGGGUGCAGAGCCUUUGCUCUCAGCCUUCAGCUUCCAGCGCCUGCUCUCCAACCUCACCUCCCUCCGCCUCCGCCUGAGCCGCGGCCCCGUGCCAGGCAGGCUGUCCUUGAGUGAGGUCCAGCUCACAUCUGCUCGCCCCGGGAUGGGUUUGCAGGCCAGCUGGGUGGAAGAUUGCACGUGUCCCCUGGGCUACACCGGGCAGUUCUGCCAGUCCUGCUCACCCGGCUUCAGACGGGAGAUACCCUUGGGCAGCCCCUUUGUCAGCUGCGUGCCCUGCACCUGCAACCAGCACGGGGACUGCCACCCCCUCACAGGGCUCUGCCGCUGCUUGCACAACACAGAAGGUCCCUCCUGCGAGCGCUGCAGCCCCGGGUUUUAUGGCAACCCCUUCACGGGAGGUUUCGAUGACUGCAAACCCUGCCCCUGCCCCGGCCGCUCCCCCUGCACCCAGAUGCCCGGCAGUGGGGAGGUGGUCUGCACCCACUGCCCCCCGGGCCAGAGAGGAAAACGCUGCGAGCUGUGUGACGAUGGGUUUUUCGGGGACCCUCUGGGGCAGAGGGGUCCCGUGCGUCCCUGUGUCCCCUGCCAGUGUCACGGGAAUGUGGAUCUCAACGCCGUGGGGAACUGUGACCCCGUGUCCGGCCGAUGCCUGCGCUGCCUGCACAACACGAUGGGCGAGCACUGCGAGAGGUGUGGGCCGGGCUUCUAUGGGGACGCGCUGGCUCCUGACCCUGCCGGGAAAUGUGCAGCUUGUGACUGCCACCCCAAUGGCUCAGUCCCAGGGCUGGAGGGCUGUGACCCCAGCACAGGACAGUGCCACUGCCUCCCACAUGUGAUGGGCAGAACCUGUGGGCUCUGCCAGCCUGGAUACUAUGGCCUGCAGCCCACUCUGGGGUGCAAGAGCUGCGAGUGCCACCCGAUGGGGUCACGGGAGAGCGGGUGUGAUGCAGUGACAGGGCAGUGCUCCUGCCAGCCUGGUGUCACAGGGAAGCAAUGUGACCGAUGCCAACACGGAUUCUUCGGCUUCUCUGCCCGGGGCUGCCGAGCCUGCAACUGCUCCCCCCUGGGCUCCAUCACCCCGCAGUGCCAUGAGAACAGCACCUGCCUCUGCCACCCUGGUUUUGUGGGCUACAAGUGUGACCAGUGCCAGGCCAACUUCUUCCCUGACCCACCAAGCUCCCGCUGCCAGCAGUGUCCUGUCUGCUAUGGGCUGGUGAAGGAUGAGGCUGACCGGGUGAAGGCCAGGCUGCAGGAGAUGGAGGACUGGCUGAAGAAACCAGGCUGUGAUGCCCAGUCCCCCAUGCUGGGAGAUUCACCCCGGGGAGAUGGGCUGUCCAGCCCACACCUUCUGCAAGGUGCUCGGGCUGCCCUCUUGGCACAGGUGGGACAGCUGGCAGGGGCUCUGGGCACUGCACGGGGUCAUCUCAGCAACGUCAGCUGGGCCACAGGCUGCUCCAGCCAAGGACCCCCUAAGACCUGUGUCCUGCUCUCGGAGAUUGGGGCCGUGCUGCAGUCGGCACAGAGGGAGAUCCUGGAUGCUGCAGACACCCUGGCUACCACGGAGAUUCCCAAGGAAAUCCCUCAGCAGCCCACUAACUGGAGCCGCUGGGCACUGGAGGCACGGGCACUGGCCGAGAGCCAUGAGGACACCGCGGUGCAGGUGGUGGCAGUGGUGGGGAGGGCACUGGGUGCCUCCCGUGCCAGCUCCCAGCUCCUGCAUGAUCUGCUGGAGGGGAAUGUGACACAGGAGGUGCAGCGUGAGCUGGAGGCCGGGUAUGAGGAAGUCCAGCGGGCACAGGAGGAGCUGGGUGCUGGCGUGGUGGAGGUGGCAGCAGAGGCCAGGAGAGCUUUCACCACCCUGCAGCAGGCAAACACCAACUUGGCAGAAAAACUCCUGCAGGUGGCUGCACUGGGGCAGCAGGUGCUGCCAGUGCAGGCUGGAGCCUUGGCACAGGAGCUGGCAGUGCUGGAGCAGACAGUGGAGGAGCAGGAGCCAUCAGCCCAUGGGGCCAUGGAGACCUCCCGCACGCUGGCUGCUGGGUUGCACCAGGAGCUGCAGAGGACUCACAGCUUCAAGAGGCUGCAGGACCGGGCCAGCUCUGCCCACAGCACGGCCACCUCAGCCAUCUCACUUGGAAAAGCCAUGGUCACUGAUGCAGAGUCCCUCCUGGCCAGCUUGGAAGGCAUGAGGAAGGUGCUGGGGCAUCGGAAGGGCCAGGCUGGCCUGAGCAGGAGGAUGACACACGUACGGGACAGGACAAUGGUGGAGGCCCAGAGGAAGCUGAAACAGGCAGAGAAGAUGUUGGGAAACUCCUUGUCCAUCUCCACCACGGCCCGGAGGAUGGCUGGGGAGGCUGAGAAAGUCUCUGGGGAAAGUGCCAAGAGGGCACAGGCAGUGCUGCAGGAGAGCAAGCGGGCCAGCAGACACGCCAGGCAGCUGGCCACACGUGCCAACCAGACCCAAGAGGAGCUCUCUCGACAGGAACACGUGGCUGAGAAGCUCAGGGGGCACUUGGAAGAUGCAUAUCAGGUGGAGACAGAGGUCAGUGGGAUGGCAAAAAACCUCCAGGAAGCCCGAAGCUCUCUGAUCUCAGACAUUGAGACCUUGAAUGAUCUGCUGAGCAGCCUAGGCAACCUGGAGCAGGUCCCAGAGGCCGUGCUGAGUGCUGGGCAGCAGCAGCUGGAGGAGCUGUGGAUGCGCUUGACCACGCAGGGUACCCUGGCUGCUCAGCUCAGGCUGCUGGAGCAGGAGGCAACCAGGCAGCAGGAGAAGAUCCAGGAGUUUGAGAGUGACUUGACUGAGAUCCGGGCUGACAAGAAAAACCUGGAGGACAUUUUGCGGAGCCUCCCCGAGGGCUGCUCCAAGUGACACUGAGAGGUCCCUGGCUGCUGCCCCGUCACCUCCGUGCCCCCCUGCAGAGGGAAGGGCAGAGCAAAGGACACCCCAUGUUCACCAGCAUCGAUCCCUCCUGCUGCUCUUCACACUGCCCAUGAUAUCACACCCCAGGUCCUUACCUGCACCAGUUCAGGCUCAGUGUCCUGCAGCAUGAAUUCAUCCACCAGCUCUGUCCCCAGGGCCUGGGGACAACCAGCUACCAGGGAUGACCAAUGUUUCUGUGCAGGAGACAGAACCACCACAGGGUUGGUUUUUCACCAUGGAGUGAACAAAGAACCAUCACAGAUCUCCUCACUAGGCAGGUCCUUCCAUCACAGGGACAGUUUAUCAAGCAUGUCAAGCAGCAGAGCUGUAGCACCCAGCAAUCCCUCCUGCCUCAGGAGCUGAAGGAGGCUGUUGGAUGGAUGCUGGAAGCUGGGCCUGCAGUGCCAUGCUCAUGUGCAGAGGUGCAAAGGUGAAUUGUGCUGGAGCUGGGCAGAGCUGCUGUACUGCAGGGCAUGCUGGUUGGCUGUGAGCCUGGGGAAAAGCGUUUGCAGCAGGGAGAGCUAAACCUGGGGGCAAGCAGAAGCAAAGCUGGACCCUUAACCAUCUCCUGGCAGGCAGGUUGGGCACCAUCUGCAUGUUGCAGAGGAAGAGCAGCUCUGCUCUGUUUCCUCAGGGUACUGCAAGGUUGCCACUGCCCACAGCUCUGGUCCCUGUGUCCUGCCCCACCUUGGCUUGGCUCUCAUCAGGUCUGCCUCUAAAUCAGCUCAACUGCUGGCAGUCCCAGGGGCUGGGAGGUGGGGGAGCUGACACGUGCUUUACCCCCCAGCACCCACACAUCCUUUCCACUGGAGAGCAGCUGGUUGGUGGCACCCAGCUGGAUGUUCAGGGAGCAGCUGGAUGGGACCAGCUCCUGCCAGUGUCACUCCCACUGGGUGGCAGAGGUCAGUGGCUUUUUUGCCUUUAAAGGAAAGGCAUGUGCAGUCCCCGUGUGCUUCCGGGCUGGUCUCUUGGGCCACGCAGGCAGCAGAGCCAGCCCCUUGUCCAGCCCACCCUGUGCUGGCUGUGCCAUAAUUCCAGGGAGCUGAUGAAGUCAUUCUGAUAAGACCAGAAACGAGUUCCCAGGCUGGAGACCACAUUUUAACCUGUUUUACCUGUGCUCUUCUGCUCACAGUGAUAGAAACCGGGUUUGCUCUGGUGGUUCUGGUGUUCCAGAAGGGCCACAGGAUUUUUCUACUAUGAACAAACUCAUCUGCACAAAAUCUGCCCAAGGAGUGGGAUGCUGCAUUGCUGUGGGAGUGGAAUGGCAGGGGCUGCCCAAGAACAGCUCUGCAAAAGCAAAACCAUGUGGCAGUGGGAGCACAGUGGGAUUCUGCAUGGCUGAGAGGCAGGGAGCUGCAGCCACUUCCCAUCUCCCUGGGAAUACAAUUAUAGGUCUCCAAUCAACACAUAAAUUUGCUGCUGUUAAGAGAAAUGUCAAGCCUCUGCCUUGUGCAUGCUGCUGAACAUUUGGUCCAUCCUCCCUCCUGCUCUUCCUGGAAAAAUCUGUUUUCUUUAGCUGGUGACACCUUC